AGCCUACAGAGACCUGAUAGAGAAGGAAAAGUGGAGUGGGAAAGCCGCAGCAGGGACUCUUUUUUAUUAGUAUUAAAGAGUCGGAGGUAGGGGAGCAGGAAGGAAGAGGCCUGCCUCGUUUCCAUUUCCAAGCCCUCUUUGCAUCCUUGGGUGUCCCGUUUUCCCUUUCCCUCUUACACGGUCGAAUUAUCGUCUGUGUUUCUUUUAGUAUUAUUCGACUCCGUUUAUUUAUAUAUAUAUAUUUUUGUUUUAUUAUGUAUUCUCUCCGUCGUUGGCACAAGGCGACUCUGGUGGCCGUCGUGUUGAUGGUGGCGGUUUUCUUGACGACGGCACGCGGUGCCCCGGCGAGCGGAGAGGAGGAUCCCUACGCCUACCUCGAGAUGCUCAGUGAGAGCGACUUAAAAAAGAUGCUCUUUGACAAACUGCACGGCCGUGUUCAGCUGGACCGAUUCCACCGCAAGGCCGACCUCGUCGCCGCGGUGCGGGAGCUGGAGGAGCAGGAGGAUAAGGAGGCGCACUUCAACGCGCAGGUCGCGGCAGCCUUGGCACGCAAGGCAGAGGCGGAGAGGCAGCAGCAGCGGCAAGAAAGCGUACACGGAGACGGCGUUGCCGUAAAACGUCGCCACCACCGUGCUGCCCACACAGCGGCAGGCGCAGGAGCAGUAGUAAACGAUAACGGCAAAAAAGUAGUACAAUUAAUUGAUGAUGACAGCGAGGAGGAGGCGGCGCAGCAGCAGACGCAGACACAACCUGCAGCAGCAGCAGGGAGGGAGAAGAACGGAAAAGGGCAGUACGGGGCAGCGGCCAGAGCGGGUCGUGCCGGCCGCGCAGGGACCAAACACACGAUGGAAGUUCUGUACUGCACCGGAUGA